GGCGCUAGGAGCCUCCCGGACGCUGGGUCGCGGCAGCGGCGGCGGCAGCGGGCGGCCACUCCGCUCCUCUGGGCUCCGGGCGGCCGCGGUUCCGAGGAGCCCGAGACGCGCGGCGAGGCGGCGGCGAGCUCUGGGGUCUGCAAACUUGACAGCUUGUGGGCAGUGUCCUGCCAGCUGCAUGCUUUUGGUCAACUCACUAUCCUAAAAGUCCAUCCUCCCACGAAGAAGGGACAGAAAGAAAGACCUCUUUGUAAGAAAGGCUUGGGUAUCCCAUGAACGAGACAGCAAAAAACCGACUGGAGUACAGCAGGACUCCAGAGCCAGACAUAAGGCUCAGAAAAGGGCAGCAACUUGAUGGUACAAGGAGAGGUGACAAUGACAUCCACCAAGGAGAUUUGGAGCCUCUUGUAGAGGCAUCCGUCCUUUCUUCCUAUCAUAAAAAAAGCCUGGAGGAACGUCAGUGUGACGAUGGAGCAUCUCAGGAGGACGAGGGGUUUAUGGGCAUGUCCCCACUCCUACAAGCCCACCACGCCAUGGAGAGGAUGGAAGAGUUUGUGUAUAAGGUCUGGGAAGGGCGGUGGCGAGUAAUCCCUCAUGAUGUGCUGCCCGACUGGCUCAAGGACAAUGACUUCCUCCUGCAUGGACAUCGGCCCCCUAUGCCUUCUUUCCGGGCCUGUUUCAAGAGCAUUUUCAGAAUACACACUGAGACAGGCAACAUCUGGACUCAUCUCUUAGGUUGUGUAUUCUUCCUGUGCCUGGGGAUCUUUUAUAUGUUCCGUCCAAACAUCUCCUUUGUGGCCCCACUGCAGGAGAAGGUGGUCUUUGGAUUAUUCUUCUUGGGGGCCAUUCUCUGCCUUUCUUUCUCGUGGCUGUUCCACACAGUCUAUUGCCACUCAGAAGGGGUGUCCCGUCUCUUCUCUAAACUGGAUUACUCUGGUAUUGCUCUUCUGAUCAUGGGGAGUUUUGUUCCUUGGCUGUAUUAUUCUUUCUACUGUAACCCGCAGCCUUGCUUCAUCUACUUGAUUGUCAUCUGUGUGCUGGGCAUUGCAGCCAUCAUCGUGUCCCAGUGGGACAUGUUCGCCACCCCUCAGUAUCGGGGAGUGAGAGCCGGAGUGUUUUUGGGCCUCGGCCUGAGUGGAAUCAUUCCUACCUUGCACUACGUCAUCUCGGAGGGCUUCCUGAAGGCUGCCACCAUAGGGCAGAUCGGUUGGUUGAUGCUCAUGGCUGGCCUGUAUAUCACAGGAGCGGCCCUGUACGCUGCCCGCAUCCCCGAGCGCUUCUUUCCCGGCAAGUGUGACAUCUGGUUUCACUCCCAUCAGCUGUUUCACAUCUUUGUGGUGGCUGGCGCUUUCGUUCACUUCCACGGCGUCUCGAACCUCCAGGAGUUCCGCUUCAUGAUCGGCGGGGGCUGCAGUGAAGAGGAUGCACUGUGAUACCUGCCGAUGGCCGGGACUGUGACCCUCAACCAGGGCCUGCGGCAUCCGCAGGCCUCCCUCACUGGCCUGUGACGCCAGUACCAGAGGAGCCCCAAACCCUGGCAGCCUCACGGGCGUUGUGAUGCCCUCAGGGCUCUGCGUGGUCCGCAACUGGGAAGAGAAAGCAAAAAUAAAUCACACCUCACAGGUGGAGAAGAGGAGAGAUGGCCCAAAUCCUGCCUUGUUCUUGGAUCUGCUGGUUGAGCGUGCUGCGAGACCCGGGCACGCUGGCUUCUGAUCCAUGUCCUGCUUCUCUAGAUGUCGGAACAGUUUAGCUGGAGGCUCGUUCUUCCCCCUUCUCUCUCCUUAAAACAAUAACACAAACCGGUUUCGAUGAACAUUUAUAUCCUAUUGGGGGUGUGUGUGUGAUUUUAGAUUGUUUUUGGGAGAACAAAGAAAUUAAUGUAAAUAAGAUUUCUAACUUACUGUUUAAAUAAAAUUUAUAUAAAUGUUUAAAACAGGGGUAGGGGAGGGAGGGAGGAUUUUUGUAUAGAAUGAAACAUGCAAGUACCACACACUGUUUCAAUUUUGCACAAGUGACUGCUGGUUGAUCAGGUGACAGCCCCGGAAUGUAUGAUGCCUUGUGCACCAGGGUGCCUUCUGAAGGCUGCCAUACCGUGGGCCCUGAUGGGGCAGAUCCUACAGCCCAGCCCGGCAGUCACAUGGCCACUCUUGCACUUGGGAGCCCUCGGGAGCCCUGGGGUAGAUGGGGCACCGUGUGUUUUCUCAGUGGAAACAGCACGUGAAAGGCUAACAGGAUGUGUUAGAUCAAGGCUCUAGUGAUGGUGUCAUUUUAGAGAGUGACUCGUCUACUCUUAUGGUGGCCCUUUCUAAGGAGUAGAGCUGCCUACUUGGGAAAAUCACUUGGGUUGGCGGAGGGGCAGUGGAGAGUGGGGACUGUUAGCAUAGGGGACGGUCGCAGUGCUUCUUGGUGUCCUCUUCAAUUUGGUGGUGACUCGGCUGGUUGCCAGGGGUGGGGUGGGGGUGAGUGUUCCAUGUCUUUGCUGUGGAGCUCUGGACCCCCCUGUAUGUUUCCCUCCAUGAGAAUCACUGCCCUCACCACCCUUCCUCCCCCUCCGGGAAUUAAAAUCAACCUUUUCCCGGCAUCAUAGUUCCUGGUGUGAAGCCAGCCACAAAAGGGAUUCCAGGUGCCUCCUGACUCAUUUAUGUGGGUGGGAAGGAGUUUCCCUGCGGUGCUGUCCUGGUGACUCUGGGUGACAGGUGCAUCAGCUCUCCACAAGCAAGAAAGCCAGCGGCACGCUUCUAAAGCAGAGUCCAUUGCCCACCAGUGCUGUGGGUGACCAGCGCUCCCAGAACACCGUCUUUCAGGGAUAGUGUGGUGGGAAAUUUUAAAAGGAAAUGGUAUGUUAUUGCCAGGGAGUCUGGUCAAAUCCUUGAAGCUAUGUCUUUGAGGAGCCGUUGAAGUGAAAAAGGCUGCUGAUGUGCCAGAGGUACCCUGUUAGGGUGUCAGAGUGUGGUAAGGGAGGGUCUGGUUCACGGAAUUCUGACCUUGGCUCGUGGGAGGACCGCCAAAAUAGCUCUUGAGUCCAGCCACUCUCGGCCGAGAUGUCAGGUGAUUAAAUUACAUCCCGUGGAUGGUGGGGAUUAGAAGUGAGCAUCGAGACCCUAAGUAUGGGGGCUGGUAGCCUCCAGAGGAUGUUUGGGAAUAUUGGAAGGGUCUUCUGUUUAUUCAGUAUGGAGUUUUUCCUUGAUUACAUUCUCCUCUCUCACCCCUUCCAAUCUCCAGCCAAAGCCGGGAGCCAGGGAGAAAGAAUCCGUUGUAGAACUCGGGAAGAACUUAUGAGUGUUUUGGUUCUGAGUGAGGUCACUGCCCUGGGUGCUGGGUGGGCCCAGCGAAAGCCUCGGUGGGUGAGCUGGUUCAGUGCCGGCAGAAGGACAAGCAGUGUUACUCCCGUGGGGAAGCACAGCCCAGCAGGACAGGGCCAUCGGGAGGAAGCAAGCUUAGCUUCGUCAAGCAGCAGCACAUAUCAGAAGCCAGACUUGCUCUCCGGUCACACACCCUGGGGCACAGGUGUGUCUGUGCAGCCCCGUGACACCGCCAACUGAAGCAGCAGUCCAGGGCCCAGUCGCCCCACACCCCAGAGGAGAAGCUGAAUCUGGCUCAACAUAGCACAAACCCUUAGGAAAAUGAAGUUAACACCACCCAGAUGCACGCCAGUAGCAGCCCUCUCUCUGGGGGGGCGUGGGGGCGCGUGUGCCCAUCCCCGUGUGUCUGUGCAGCUCCUACCCCGCCACACGCGCAUGUCUCAGCUCGCUGAGAACUCUCACAGGUUGGCGCCUGGAUGCCUUACUCUCAGCAGGCAGAGGCUUGCUUGCUCUGUGCAGAUUUUAAUUUUCUUUUUGGGCCCUAGGCUGGUUAGGACCUCUACAGCUUCAUCCUUUCACCGUUGAAUAGUGGCCUUUUCAGUGUUUUCCCCUUCCUGUUUGUAAAUUGCUGAAGCCACAAAGCACAUUUUUGGGUAUCACAGAGGGUUGGGAUUCCAGGAGGGCAUUCGUGUGAUGGUUCCAUUCACCAUGGGGUUUCCUGACUUGCUGUAUUCUCAACUUCUAAUAAAAAGAACCAAAUGGA